AAAGAAGGGCGUCGCCGUCAAACAUAUAUCUGGUCGCUGCUUUUACUCCUGGCAGCCAUCGCCGGCGAGGCCCUCUACGUGCUCUACCACCCGCAGCGGCCGCAGUUCUGGAUCUCCUCCCUCCGCAUUGCAAAGCUGAACCUCACCACCGCCGCCGACUCCUCCUCCCUCCUCAACCUCACACUCUCCUCCAAGAACCCCGACUCCCACAUCCCCUUCUUCUACGACCCCUUUACCCUGUCUUGCUUAUCCUUCGACUCCGUACAAAUUGCCAACCGCUCUAUCCCCGCCUUCACCAGCGACAAGAAGAACGAGACAAGUUCCAUAGCGAUCCUGACGGCGUCGACAGAUCUGGACACGGAGUUGGUGACGUCGCUGAGGUCGGAUCUGAAGCGGAAGAGCAGUGUCCCCAUGAAGAUUCAGAUGGACACAAAAGUGAAUGUGAAGCUGGGAGGGCUGAGGAGCAAGAAGGUCGGGAUUAGAGUUCCGUCUGAUCAGGGUAUCACCGGGGUUGCAAUGAAAUCCAAGUCCUGUGGAGUUAAUUUUUAUCAAUGGUUAAAAAAUUUGACCAGUAAAAGCUUUAAGAUUUUAGAAGAUUGAAUAUAGACAGUUGAUUAAACUACAGC